UCCUUGCGUUUUUAACGUUUUCGCGCCACCACAGAACAGAACCACAGCUACUAACUCUACUACCUCGUACUUAAUACUUUAUAGUAAUUAUUGUAGGAAAUGUACACACUAGGAUAUUCCUAUUUGCGUUCUGUUCUUUGUAAGUAAGAAAGAGAUAUCGAUAUAAUCGCUGUCAGUUUAUUUUAUAUGGUACAGUUAGUUUGUUUACCUCUUGUAGUUUAACUCUCGGCGAGUGACCUAACUAAUAUCUGAGAUCAAGUCCAUCUGCUGGUUGAAGGGAAAGCAAUUCUUUAGUGACCGGAAAAGAAGACUGGUGUAAUGACUGCUGAGGAUGAAAACCUGGACAUGCUGCUCUCCUUAUUUGAGGAGAGUCAAGAUCCAGAGAAUUCCUCUUCCAAAGAGGGGGAAGAUAACUUGGAUGGGCUGUUCGAUGAGGAUGAUGGUGAAGAUGGUGAAGGCUAUGCUGAGCCAGAGGAGGAUGAGGAGGUGACGCUGGAGAACUCGGGCACCGGAGCGCAACAUGAGCACAAUAGAUCCAAAGAGGACCUGGAAGCUGAGUUGGGGAAUAUGCGGGAGAAGAUGCAAAAGCUUCAGCAACAGCUAGAGGGUUUCCAAAAGAGUGUGUCUGUCUCCCAGCCUAAACAUAUAGAAGACAAAACUUCCUCACAAAAGCAGAGGAGCAGCAAGAGUUCACCAGCAACCCUGCAGGACAGCACGACUCUGACUUCACCUAAGCAGAGCAGCAGACAAAUCAAACCAAAUCAGAGCAGCAAGACGCCCCAGAGAACAGCUUCAAUGCCUUCCUCAGCCAAGUUCUCGGCAGCAGAGUUGCCUGGAAAAGUUCCAAACAAGCAGAGGACUGCGCAUCAUCCCAAAACAGACUCCCCAGAAAACCAGAAGGUUUUGGAUCAGGCUGUGAGUGACAAGUUAUCACAGCCCAUGAGAAGUAGCGGUACAGUCAACAACACAAUGAAGUCACCACCGGCAAGUAAAAGUGCUGGUGUGGCUCCUCCCAUUGCAAGACAGGCCACACCCAGACCGUCUGUCACUCAGGAUGUUACUGUGGAGAAAUUCUCGGGUCUCAGGCUCAAGAGACCUCGGCUGUCCUCAGUAGAAAUCGAACACAAAAUGGCAAACCGCAGGAUGAUCCGGCUUUCGCAGCUGCCCGAUCGACUGGCUCGGGAAAAUCUAGAGGACAGUGACUGGGUCACGUUUGCUGUACUGAUAAAUAAAAUCACCCCACAGAGCAAGAAUAAUGGGAAAACCUUCAGUAUCUGGAAGCUGAAUGAUCUUCAUAACCUAGAUGUGACUGUAUCGCUUUUCCUCUUUGGGAGUGUUCACGCAGACCUGUGGAAGACUGACACUGGGACAGUGAUUGGUAUCCUCAACCCCAAUCAAAUGAAGAACAAAGACGGCUCCAGUGAGCUUUGCCUCACAGUUGACCAUCCACAGAAGGUUCUGAUGUUGGGAGAAGCCAUGGAUUUUGGUACUUGCAAGGGCAAAAAGAAAAACGGUGAUUCAUGCACACAGCUAGUCAACUUGUAUGAAUGCCAGUACUGCCAGUACCAUGUUAAAGCACAGUACAAGAAAAUGAGCUCAAAGAGGGCCGAGCUUCAGUCCAGUUACACAGGCAUUGCGCCACGUAAAGGAAAAGGUCGUGGAAGUUUAAGAGAACGCCUGUGCCAAAGUGACUUCCACUAUGGGGGGCUGUCGUCACUUGCAUGUGCGCCAUCAAUGACUUCUCCACAGCCUAUGAAGCAGCCAUCAAUUCAGGCAGUUUUGGCUUCUAUCCCUAAUAAGAAUCUUGCCAUUAGAUCAGGUGAGAUGACGGGAUGCUCUGAUGACUUCAGAAGCCUAAUGACCAUGCCUACACCAGGAGCACUAAACAUAAAGAAACAUCUAGGAAAAAAUAAGACGAAAGAACUUUCUGGAUCAUCGGUUCAGUCCAUCUCUGCAGCCGAGCUCCUCAAGCAACAGAAAGAACUUCACAAGCAAAGGUUUCAGACCAGGCAGAAGAGGGCAGAGGAAAUUCAGAAAAGGGUCCUGCAAAACUCUGGAGGUGCUGCGAUUACAGCUAGACCCGCCACAAACAGGGCAGUUGCACCCUCUUCGAAAGCAGCUCCAGAGGUUCCCAAAAGCUCCUCUCCGCCUAAACCUGGCCUCUCCUCCCCUCCUGUACCCACCUUAGGACGAGGCUACACAGAGGGAGAGGAUAUUUUUCUAGACAUGUCUCCUCCUCCAUGCUCAAAAAGCAUCUCAGCUGCAAAACUGGCUGCAGUCAAAAAGCUCCAAGCCAAAGGAAUGGCACUUACUAAAGAUGACCCUAAUGCAGUGAAGCGCAAGCGACCCAAUAGCAAUGACAUCACAGCCCGAGUGGAGCGCAGCCUAACUUCUCCUGAAGGGGAGAACAGAGCAGAGCAGGAGACGGAGGAGCCAGCUCAGAAGAAGAGGCGUGAACAGCUAGAUUAUAUCCAGUCUGAGGAGUUUCAGCGCAUUCUGAAUGCCAAGUCUACAAACUCCUGGAUAAUGGGGGAGAUGGAAGAGAAGGCCAUGCAGGAUUACUUUGAGCCAUUAGUACAGAAAGAGAAGUUAGAAGAGAAGAUGAAGAGCAUCAGGGAGAUGAAGUGUCGAGCCGUCACCUGCAAAAAUUGUAAGUACACACAUUUCAAACCGGCUGAGCGCUGUGUAGAGGAGAAACACGAUUACCACUGGCAUGAUGCUGUCAAGCGUUUCUUCAAAUGCCCUUGUGGCCAGAGGAAGAUCAGCCUGAGCCGAUUCCCUACUGCAGCCUGCAGCAACUGUGGCGUGUUCAAGUGGGAGAGAGACGGCAUGUUAAAGGAAAAGAAUGGACCAAAAAUUGGAGGUGAGCUGCUGCUGCCGCGUGGUGAAGAACACUCCAGAUUCCUCAGUAGUCUGAAAUAAAGCCAACAGUCUGCUUCCUGGUAUCUGACUCGGUCCCACAGCACUCCUCUUCUCACACACUGCUCAGGGAGCUUUUUUAUAACAGUGCAAAGUGAUGAAACUGGAAACUUCUUCGUUUUCCCUGAGCCAAACAGAGACUGAAGUGCUGCUAAUUCACAGCUCUUCAUAUCAGCACACAAGGCUUGAAUGCAUUUCUGAUGUAAAUUGUUGCAGUUGAUUUGUCUUUUUUGUGUGUGUAUGUAAUGAAUUUUAUAACAGUAUAUUUUAAAGCAUUUUUUUUAGGUUUCACUUCUGAAUCGUGUGGCUGUGAUAAAGUGCUUAAAUUAAACUAGCUUGAGUACUCUCAUAGGUUUCUGUAAUUGUUUUUUCCGUUACCAAUAUAAUUCUCACAAUCACGAAAAUUGAUUUGGGGUAAACGUGGCUGGACCCUGACAGCCUCCUUUUGUUAUCCAAGCAAGCUUUUACUGCCUGUGCAUGUCUCAGCUUAAGGGAUAAGAAGCAAUUAGUUUUUUCCUGUCAUCCAGAUUGUUGGGGGAUGAUGGGCAGAAGAACUGCUCUUCAGUAGUCAAUAAA